UUGGCGUGCCAACUUCCACACUGUCUGCUGGUGCUGCUAUCCUUAGGCUGCUAGCUGCUGGUACCUUUCGCUUGGUAGAUUAGACUGCUCGGUGCCACCAAACAGAACCGGCCAGCCAUGGGGGGCAGCCUGAGCCUCGUGCCGGUGAUCGACUACUUCGCCCGCCGCGAGUUCCUCGCCGCCGGCCUCCGCCCGAGCGCCGUCACGCUCCCGUACCCGGACGGCGGCGCCGGGGCGACGUGCACCGUCCACUACUGGGCCCCGCCGGGGGAGCCGCGCCUCCCGCCGCUCCUGCUCGUCCACGGCUUCGGGCCCCGGGCCACCUGGCAGUGGCGCUGCCAGGUGGGCCCGCUCUCGCGCCACUUCCACGUCAUCGUGCCCGACCUCCUGGGCUUCGGCGGCAGCACGUACCCGUUCGAGACGGCGCCGCCGCCGUCGGAGGCCACGCAGGCCGCGGCGCUGGCCGCGCUGCUGGACGCGCUGCCCGGGAUGGAGGGCAGGCGCGUGGCCGCGGCGGGCACGAGCUACGGCGGGUUCGUGACCUACUGGCUGGCGCGCGCCGCGGGGGCCGGCCGGGUGGGCCCCGUGGUGAUCGCGAGCUCCGACCUGCUCAAGACGGCGGCCGACGACAGGGGGUUCCUGAAGCGCGCCGGCGAGGGGUGGAGCGGCGUGGACCAGAUCCUCCUCCCCGCCGAGCCCGCCGCGAUGCGGAAGCUCCUUGAGCUGGCCUCCUACCGCCCGCCGCCGCGAGCGAUGACGCCGGACUUCCUGCUCCGGGACUUCAUCCAGAAACUCUUCACGGAGAACAGGGAUCGUCUUGUUCAUCUGCUCAAGGGGAUUACAGUCGGCACGGAUAAAUUCCAAGUGACACCUAUAUCUCAGGACGUGUUGAUUAUCUGGGGAGACCACGAUCAGCUAUUCCCGUUGGAGAAGGCGUUUGCGGUUCAGAGGUCUCUGAACGGGAGCGCUAGGCUGGAGGUCGUCAAGAAGACCGGCCACGCUCCGCAGCUGGAGGACCCGGCCAGGUUCAACAAGGUCAUGCUGGACUUCUUGCUGGCUGCUCACAAGCCUGACCCCUCGGUUAAUGGCGGCUCGCAGUAACAUGCGUUGGUGAUUGGUAGCCCUGCGUUGUUUGUAAUAAGACCUGGUUAGGCGCCUCAGCUCAAUCCAUUCACUGGUACAGAUUUGCUCUAUCUGAGAACAUCUCAAGAAAUACAGCUGUAUAUUCUCGAUUUCUUCAGCCAUAUGGCUAUUUGUAACUGCAAAGUGAACCGA